AUGAAAUGGAGUCGACUAUCUGCCAAAAACACUCGUUCUCGGUUCUUUCCAUUCUCAACGUACCAAACGAUAUCUUUCUGUGCAUCUUUGACUUCCUCGACCUUCACGACCUAUUCAUCCUAUGACGGACCAACCAAAUCUUUCGCAGCCUCACCAAACGACCUUCUUCCUUUGAAUGAAAGAUACCGUUUCUGGACAGUUCUGGGCUACACUCGGCCGGAUCAUUACGUGUGCGAAGAUUGCUGUCGAUUGCACCGCUUCGGUAUUCGUCACCGUUAUUUCGGACCCGUUGCCCAGCCCCGGAACAGCGGCAGACCAUAUCAGCUACCCAGCUGCAACCCCGCCAAGACAACCAGCGCCAACAUUGACACGCAUGCUUAUCGCCAUGCGGACAUUCAAAUCGCCUUGAAGUGCCAUAUGAGAGGCCUGUUUGAUAACCAGCUUUACAAACGAGCCAUGGAGACGCGCAGAGACAGAUUCCAACCGGACUAUCUUCCGCUUGGCAAUCUUUGGGCUGUGAAGGAGUCUGUCCCGAAGAUUGUCCGUGGAAGGUUUCUCGUUGCGAGAGAACUGAAGAACAAUGCAAUUAUAAGGAGGACACUAAACUUCCGUCCCAUUUGCCCUCACGAACAUGGAUACGGCGAACACAUUCGUUCUCGUCUUCUACCUCGACAAGCCCGACUUGUUAGCUUCGCCAGUCUACAGCUCCCUGCACCUAUUACGCCGCCGCCUCCAAUGCCCACUUCCAAUACAGCUGCGGAUUUCAAGCGUGCCGUCGUUUCCGCAGAGAGCCAUCCGGGAUGCGAGUUUGUUGGAUCAUGUGACCGCUGUCCAAUUGAUUUUGCUGUCGCCGUCAAGGGUGGGAAGACGUGCGUUCGAGUUUGGUGCGACUACGGGUCCUACGGAACCCCGAUGGAUCUCAGCUGGAGGGUACAUGUCAGCUGUCAGACCAAUGAUGACACGCGUGGUCCGACCUUAAGCCACGAGCCUGGCUCAGUGCGAAGAAUGUUUGAAAGAGGAUGCUAA